AUGAUAGAAAGCUAUUCUCGCGAGUAUAAUGAGGUUCUAUCGCAACUAAGAGAGUUACAAGACUCAGAGGCGUUUUUAGAACCUGUUAAUUGGAAGAAGUUAGGGCUUGAUGACUAUCCAGAUAUUGUGAAAAACCCAAUGGAUUUAAAAACCGUGGGAAAGAAAGUUAAGGCAAAUUUCUAUUCAAAGGCAGAGCAAUUCUGGGCAGACAUAGAUUUAAUUUGGCAUAAUUGCCAACUUUACAAUCACGAAUCCUCGGAUGUUUACCAACAGAGUAUUAGGAUGCAGGAGGCGGCAAACAAUCUGAAAGAUAUGCUAUUUCCUUCAAUAAUUAAGAAAAAUCAAAAGAGGAAAUAUGAGUCUGACUCUCACACUGAGUCAGAAGACGAAGAUACAAUGAAUAUCUUUAAAAAAACACUCUUGUGCCAGAGAAUAUCUAGACUUUCCCCAGAGCUUCUCGCUCUAGUAGUUAGGCAUAUCUAUUCACAAGAUCAACAGAUAAUUCAUCAUAGUGGUGAGCAUAGAUUUUUGAUAGACAUAGACCUCAUGAGCGAAAAGCUAUUCUCUACAACUUCAGCACUAACAAAAAGACUCCUAAGACUACAGCUGUCUUAA